AUGGUAUUAACAUUUCUAGCACGUCACUAUUCAUACGAGUGCAAGGUUCCCGCCCAGGAACGCCCUUACACAUCAAGACCUUCGCGGUCCCAGCAACUUCGCAACCCCAAGUUGAUACCUAAACUAACAAAUGAUGCACUUAAGCCGCUAGAAGACAAGAAAGGAGUAGCUGAUGAAGAGCUUGCAAAGAGGGAGGCGGAGAGGGCUAGGAAGAGAGAGGCGGAAGAACGUGAGGACAGAGCCUUGCGCUCAGAUACAAAACACCGCAGAUCUCCCUCAACGGACUCUGUGUCCACCAUUUCAACUGCUGCUUCCGCCGAUUCUCGAAGGAAGCAGGAACAUGACCGGAAUCGCAGCGCAGAGACAUCAUCCAGAGGUCGUCGUCUAGAAGAUAGGCGCAGCCGUUCACCUCAAAGCUCGAGGUCCCCUGGCAGAGAUAGCCUCUCACCACCGCGCGGUACUCUGAAGAUUCAAAGUCUUCUCGUGGCUCAGACCGAUACUCUGAGCCAAGAGCUGUCCCAAGGGAUCAUAGAGACCAGGGUGAAAGGCACAUCCGAGGUCAAAAUCCGGGGGCUCGGCCCAGAGGAGGAUUUAACGACAGAGGUGGGAGGCGCCACGAGCACGAUGUAG